UCCUCCCCAAGUUUACACCCUUCGCUCGUCGAUCGUAUCCUCGUGCGUUGUUUCGUCAAGCAGUUCUCUCUGCACGUACAAGAGCUAGCGCUUGUGAGAAACUCCAUGAAAGCAUGGGAAAAAGACCUCACGCUGCCUCUUGGCAUUGACAUAUUUUGGGUAGAGGGUGGAGGAGGAGACGGGGCCCCUGGCCGCGAGCUGCUGGAGCGAUGGGAGAUCACGUGCGUCGUUGCGUACGGGGCGAACGCGAAGCAGGAAGGCGUGUGGGGCGUAGCGGAGAAUGUUCUGUGAAGACGGACAAUCAAUUGGGUACAUUGACACAUGAUGGCGAAUUUGAUAUGGGGGAAUGUGUAUGCGGUCGUGUGAGUGUGCGUUUUGUCGUUCUGUCUCUCCUUGUCCCUGUCUCUUGUUACCGUUCUCCCUCGCUCCUGUCUGCCGUGUGUCGACCCUUACAUAAUUCUCAAGAGUUCACAUCUCGAUCGUAACCGGAGGUUGUAAAAACGCGGCGUUACGUGCAAGAAACGCUCGUGACACUACAUUGAUGACCCAUGUGAUCAUGUUCGGAAUCGGCACACUUUAGGGCGUGAAUCAGUUAAAUCUAUUUUAACAGCGGUCCCUCUACAGCAUGGGGUGUGCGAUGACUCGUAGUCUGACGGAACUUGU